AUGACUGAUUCCAUGUCAACAAAUUAUUAUCGUCAUCCAAUCAAUAGAAUGAUGGAUGAUGAUCAAUCUAUAAGUAAAAGAGAAACGUUAUUGAUGGAAAGAGAGCAACAACAGCUACGGGAUGACAUUGCAAGAUUACGACGAGAAGAACAAGAACUUCGGGACAAGGAUCAUUGGAUCAAGCAAAACAUUGUGGCUAUCAGAGAACGUAUCACUGCAGAACGAAGAUGAUG